UUCGGACUUUGAACUUCACAUGUAAACGAUCCACUGAUAAGAAUUUUAUCAAAGGCAUUCUGAGUUUAGUAUGUGAGAAGGUUUGCAAGAGGAUGAUUGUUAGUUUCUAUUAAAGAUUUGUAAUAAUAUUAUAUAAUAAAAUGGUUGAGGGAAAAACAGCACAGGAAACCGUAAAAGUCGUGGAUAUCGAGGUUCAAGCUCCAGUUACAAAUAAGGUGCAAGCAGAUGAAGUUACUGAAAGUUGCUCUCACACACAGUAAUAAAGCUAAUGAUGAAUCCAUCCUCAUGGUGCAACCCUCCUCCUCCAGGCAUUGACAUGGAUGAAGAGAGCAAAGGCUCCAAUGUAUCCUCUCCAAAGAGUUACUCAGGAGUGUUGAUGGACCAGAUCGAUCCAUACAUUAAAAACCCUGAGUACAUAAGAUACAAGAGAGGUGCACCUAACAGAAGAUCUAGGAGUCGCUCAUUUAAUCGCGAUCGAUCGCGUUCGAAGUCACGAUCGAGAUCGCGGGAGCGCCGAAGGAAGCAUCGCUCACGCAGCCGAAGUCGCACCCGACAUCGACGAUCACGCUCGCGCUCACGAACCCGGCGACAUCGGCGUCACUCGCACUCGACGAGCCGCUCAAGAAGCAGAAGCGUAUCACAAGCGCGCAAUCGACACAAGCACAAACGGAGCAAAAAAUCGCGACGUUCUAGAAGCCGAUCUCGCAGCCACGAUCGACGGCGGGCCGAACGCAAGUACUAUGCGGAUCCACCACGUCGUGAAUCCGUGCAGAAUGAUGACACCGCCAACGAUUCGAAAGGGGAAGAGGAGGAAGCUGACACCAAGGAGAACGCAUUCAAGAACGACGGUUCCUUCUUAGAAAUGUUUAAGAAGAUGCAAGAAGAGAAGCAGAAGGAAGAGGCUGCGAAAAAUGAGGCGGUGGCUGCAACGCCAACGGCUACAACCAGUGAAGCUAGAAAGCUAUUACCCGCUUUUGGAAAGCGGCGAGGAGGCAGGGUGUUGAAAACCGGGAUGGUGGAGAAAACCAAAGCUGUGGAAGAUGACGAGCUGGCCAAUGCGACUGAUCCCUGGUCGAUUUAUCUGAAGGAAGUGAAACGAUAUAAAGAAGCUUGCUGUGAUGACGAUUCAAAAACGAGACCUCUCGUUAAGUGAUUGCCAUGCGCAAUUACACAAUUGACUUUUUGUAUCAAAAUCAUUCACUUAGUUUUUAGUUGUUACCCGCUAUUUGGAUAUAAUUAACGCGAUUAUUUUUUACUUUAUCUACAAACGAUGCUGACUAAAAACUUGUAGAUAG